CCAUGUUGUAGGAAAUCCGCUUGCGGUGGAUUACAGUUUAAUCCGAAAGAAGACGAAGAGGGACUGGGAGGCAGAUCGGUUUUUUUCAUCUUGAAACCAGCCUAGACGAGGAGUCUCAUUUCGGGGAGGGGGGGUUGGUGUCCUGGGUCUACUAUUCGGGACCAAAACGGAAAAGAUCACCGCUAGCUAGCAUAGUCGGCUGGCAAAUUCACAUCGCCGGUUACGCCGAGGGACGGUCUCAGCUCGUUAGCUGCCGGACGAAGUCCGGAGAUGUCAGGAAAGGAGAUGAACAAGCAGUCUACCACCGAUCGGCCGAUUAAAGGGGUGCCGUAUCCGCCCACGACGCGCCUCUCCAUGAAGGAGCUCUACGAGAACGGCAAACCCAAGGUGGAGGUGCUGAAGAGCCACCUGGUGAAGGAGGGCCGGCUGGAGGAGGAGGUGGCCCUGCGCAUCAUCAACGACGGGGCCAGCAUCCUGCGCCAGGAGAAGUGCAUGCUGGAGGUGGAGGCGCCGAUCACAGUGUGCGGCGAUGUCCACGGGCAGUUCUUCGACCUGAUGAAACUGUUCGAGGUGGGCGGCUCCCCCAGCAACACGCGCUACUUGUUCCUGGGUGACUACGUGGACCGGGGCUACUUCAGCAUUGAGUGUGUGCUCUUCCUCUGGACCCUGAAGAUCAACCAUCCGACCACACUCUUCCUCCUCAGAGGCAACCACGAGUGCCGGCAUCUCACAGAGUACUUCACCUUCAAACAGGAGUGUAAGAUCAAGUACUCUGAGCGCGUCUAUGACGCCUGCAUGGAGGCCUUCGACUGCCUGCCACUGGCCGCCCUACUGAACCAGCAGUUUCUCUGCGUGCAUGGCGGCCUCUCCCCCGAGAUCAACUGUCUGGAUGAUAUCAGGAAGUUAGACCGCUUCAAGGAGCCCCCGGCCUUUGGGCCCAUGUGCGACCUGCUGUGGUCCGACCCGGGCGAGGACUACGGCAGUGAGAAGUCAUCGGAGCACUUCAUCCACAACAGUGUGCGGGGGUGCUCCUACUUUUACAGUUACCCAGCAGUGUGUGACUUCCUGUUAAACAAUAAUUUGUUGUCAGUCAUAAGAGCGCAUGAAGCACAGGAUGCUGGCUACCGGAUGUACAGGAAAAGCCAGACGACAGGAUUUCCAUCAUUAAUUACCAUCUUCUCUGCACCAAACUACUUAGAUGUAUACAACAACAAAGCCGCCGUGCUUAAGUAUGAGAACAACGUCAUGAACAUCCGACAGUUCAACUGCUCCCCCCAUCCCUACUGGCUGCCCAACUUCAUGGACGUCUUCACGUGGUCCCUGCCCUUCGUGGGGGAGAAAGUGACAGAGAUGCUCGUGAAUGUGCUGAACAUUUGUUCCGACGACGAGCUGAUGUCAGAGGGAGAUGACACCUGCGAAGGUGGCACACCGGCCGUGCGGAAGGAGGUCAUCCGGAACAAGAUCCGCGCCAUUGGCAAGAUGGCAAGAGUUUUCUCCGUCCUCAGAGAGGAGAAUGAGAGCGUGCUAACCCUGAAGGGUCUCACCCCCACCGGGACGCUGCCCCUGGGGGUGCUUUCGGGAGGCCGACAGACCCUGCAGAGCGCCACCGUAGAGGCAGAAGAGGCACGAGGUAUGACAGCGGUCUGUGUGUGUAUGUGUGUCUCUUUGAGACUCAUUGUGACUCUCACCCCCCUGCCCCCCACCACCUUGGAGUUUAUUGUAUUGUUUGUGGGUUUAUUACAUCGUGCUGUUUGGUGCUGUUUUGAAAACUGGGGACUCUUGCACGACCAGCGAGUGCUUCUAUAUAAAGGUUUUGGCCGGCGUAAGUUCAUGGGAUCCGCAGAGAAAGAGGUCGCCAUGGGCCACUCAUGGUCUUAGGAUGUUUUAGCCUUGUUGAUUGUUAUUUUUAGGGUAAAGAAUCAUGAACUGACUUGAGCUUACCACUAGAGUGUAGUGGGAAUGAUUGGUGAGUUACUGUAAGACAUCCCUGGAUGACGGUCUCUGGUUUUGGAAGCUUUUCUUUGACCUAGAUAGUUGCUCUGAUGUUUGAAAUUUGCGUCUUCAAAGACUGAAUUAACUUUUUAUUCUGUUGUAUGUCACCUGCCCAGUAGCUGCGUGCUGGGGUUCAGUCCCUCUCCUCCUCACCCCGUCUCUCCUCCCCCCAUCUCCCACCUUGUCCCUCCCUCAUCUUUUCCCUCCCUCCUCCUCAUCUGUCUCUCCCUCUCGCCGCUGGUAUGAGUUAUUUUUAGGGUAAUCAUGUUACGCUACUUGGCCGGCACAGCGCUCCGUUUGUUUUCCAUGAAAAGUAACACUUUUGGCUCGGCCCACGGCCUGUCGGUCAGCUUCAGCGAAGAUGGCGUGUUCCGUCGCUCGCGCAUGUCCGCCAGAUCUGUGGUGCUGCGUGAGGCACCGGCCAAGUUCCGCGUUUCUCCUGGUUGUGCAAGAGUGAACCGUUUUCUUCAGAAGCGCCCUGCUCGUUGGGGCGAUUCUGAAUGACACACAUCAGUGUCUUUCGUACUUGUGGCUUUUCUGUCGUCCUGUGAUGGUCCUAUAAAUAUCAUUGUUUUGUUUUUUUUUAAGUACUUGUUUGCCCCCUUCGGCCAUAAGGUUUCUCACAGAAUUGUUUGGCUCUUUCCCUGUUCCGUGGCUCCUGGAACAGUGCGUGGGCUGGUCCUCCCACCCAACAGCGAACAAAACACAAAACGACUACUAGCAAAUGUUUUCAGCCUGUUAAUCACGAGGCCAUUCUGGUUCCAAGUCAUCAUUUGUAGUCCUACUUCCUGAAGGCACGAGGGGCAGCAAGUACGAUGAAGGAAAAACAAAGGCGUGGUUGUCGGGGUGUGUGUGUGUCUGUGCGCGUGUGUGUGUGUCUGUGUGUGUGUGUGCGUGUGUGUGUGUGUGUUCAUGUAGUCAGUGGUGACUUGGUUGUCACCACUGCACUGUGCUCUUUGUUCCCGUUGGUCCAUCCUGCUGUUCCGUCUCGUUGCGUUGAUGCUCUUACUGUGCAAACUGCUAUUAAUGAAAUGCGCCCCCCCCCCCCACCACGCUACCACGGCCCCACCACGAAGUAAGUGAGAUGCUUUCAUUUUAUUUAUUUAUUUAAUUUUUACUGAAAGACACCCCCAUCAUUUGUACAAGAAUGAUGCAACACAGAAUGCCCAGUCAUUCCUGUGGGGUGGGGGCUUCUGUAUGGUUCAGUCAGUUUUCUGAGGGAUAGAAUAAUAAAAUUGUCACCCCUUUUUCAAUCCGUUUGAGCCUCUGUGGGCGUGAAGGCAUCCAAGGUCAACACAGACGUGGCAUGUGCAUCAUCCACCGGGGUUUGCUUCACGCUGGGGAGGGUGUCGAAGGCCACUUGCAACUGCAGUGUCUCUCGUUUGAUUAAUGAGACUGUCAGUCACUUCGGGGACAGGAUCUGUGUUACUGGGAACAGGGGUUAUUGAUGGACUUUGUAUUCUUUGGUUUGCAGUGUUUUCCUCCUCUUUUAGUGAUGUUCAUGUCAUCGGCAGGGUAUCUAAGGUGCUGGCGAUGAGACCGGCCGUAACCCAUCCAGGUCGCAUUAGGUGGCAGGGUCGAGGUCCCGCCAAUCCACUUCCCGUUGGUCUCAUCCGCGCUCUGUCUCUCUCUCCUUCAGCCAUUCAAGGCUUCAACCCUCAACACAAGAUUCAGAGCUUUGAAGAGGCCCGCGGUCUGGAUCGGAUAAACGAGAGGAUGCCACCGCGGAAAGACAGCGUGCAGGCCGAUGGCACCUCCGCCAACUCUCUCAGCUCCGCCAAC